UUGGGGGGCGGGGGGGCAGGGGAGAGAGUGGGGUGCAGCGAAGAUGAUGGCGGAGUGCGGCGGCGGGGGUGGCGGCGGCGGUGGCGUUGGGGGCCCGAGGAAGAAGGCGCUCUCCUUGCUGGAAGCGGCCCGCUCCCGCUACGAGAGCCUGCAGAUCUCGGACGACGUGUUCGGCGAGUCGGGCCAGGACAGUAGCGGGAACCCCUUCUACAGCACCUCGGCCGACUCACGCUCCUCCUCCGCCGCCUCUUCAGAAGACGAGGACGACCCCACCACCUCCUCCAUCUCCUGCUCCUCGGCCGCCUCCGCCCCGCCGCCGCAGCCCCUGGCCCGGGAGGUAGAGGCUGCACCCGAGGGGCCCGUUCGCGGGGGAGGCGUAUGCUGCUUUCAGGGAGGAGGAGGGCGCUGCGUUCCGAGGGUAGAAGAGGCGACUGGUGGACAGCGGCAACUGCAAUCGCAUCAGCUCCCCGGGCCCAUGGAUGAGGAGGAUGAGGAAGAGCGUGGAGGCUGGACCCAGACUUUGCGAGACAUCCCUCCCCCUCGCUUCGAGGAUACCAGCGGACCAACUCGAAAGAUGCCCCCCAGUGCCAGUGCCAUGGACUUCUUCCAGCUCUUUGUCCCCGACAAUGUUCUUAAAAACAUGGUGGUGCAGACAAACAUGUACGCCAAGAAGUAUCAAGAGAGGUUUGGGAGUGAUGGGGCCUGGGCAGAGGUGACCCUGACGGAGAUGAAGACUUUCCUCGGUUACAUGAUCUCCACAAGCAUCUACCAUUGCGAGUCUGUUCUCAGCAUCUGGAGCAGUGGCUUCUACAGUAACAAAAGCAUAGCCCUUGUCAUGAGCCAGUCCCGCUUCGAGAAGAUUCUCAAGUACUUCCAUGUGGUGGCUUUUCGUUCCAGCCAGACAACACAUGGUCUCUACAAGAUCCAGCCCUUCCUAGAUUCCCUACAGUAUGGCUUUGACUCGGCUUUUAGGCCUUCCCAAACUCAGGUGCUACAUGAACCCCUGAUUGAUGAGGACCCCGUGUUCAUCGCUACAUGCACAGAGCGGGAGCUGCGCAAGAGGAAAAAGAGGAAAUUUAGUCUUUGGGUCAGGCAGUGUUCCUCCACAGGCUUCAUCAGUCAGAUUUAUGUGCACCUGAAGGAAGGCGGAGGUGCAGAUGGAUUGGAUACUCUGAAGAAUAAGCCCCAACUCCACAGCAUGGUGGCCAAGAGCCUUUGUCGAAAUGCAACAGGCAAAAACUACAUCAUCUUCACAGGACCCAGCAUCACCAGCUUGCCCCUGUUCGAAGAGUUUGAGAAACAAGAGAUUUAUUGUUGUGGACUGCUGAGUUCCCGAAAAAGUGACUGCACUGGCCUACCUCUGUCUAUGCUGAAUAAUUCGGAUGUCCCCCAGGUCCGAGGGCAGUACCGAAUAAAGGUGAAAGGAAAUAUGUCUCUGAUCUGCUGGUACAACAAAGGGCCCUUCCGCUUCCUGACAAAUGCCUAUUCACCAGUUCAACAAGGAGUGAUCAUCAAGAGGAAAAGUGGAGAGAUCCCUUGUCCUUUGGCUGUGGAAGCUUUUGCUGCUCACCUUAGCUAUAUCUGCAAAUAUGACGACAAAUACAGCAAGUAUUUCAUUUCUCAUAAACCAAACAAGACCUGGCAACAGGUAUUCUGGUUUGCCAUCAGCAUUGCGAUCAAUAAUGCCUACAUCCUGUAUAAAAUGUCAGAGGCCUACCAUGUGAAGAGGUACAGUCGGGCACAGUUUGGGGAAAGACUGGUAAAGGAGUUGUUGGGCUUGGAAGACACCUCGCCAUCCCAUUGACGCAUCUUUCUCGUGCCUCGAGGCUGGGUAAGGGACCCACAUCAGGGGAGAGGGCAUCGGAAUUGGAAGAAGAGAAUCUGCGGCUGUGGAUGUCCAAUCGGGGACCUGGUGAUGCUCACUCCCUUGUUGGGAAAGUGAUACUGCGAGGUCUUUGUAGUGAUGGAAACAGAGACUUGAUCAAGAGGAGGAGCUGGGUAUCUAGGGCUCCCACUCAGAGAGCGUCCCAUCCCUCCCCACCAAGAAGCCACCCCCCAGCUGCCUUGUGAGUGCUCUGCCAGUCCUUCGUGUGCCAGACCUGGGUUUUUUAGGUUGCUAGCCAUUUAUACUGUCAAUUGUACCUGCUCAGUAGGGUGUAAGGCUCCUUAUGACACCCUCUUGAAUCGAAUGAGUGAGCUCAGGCUCCAGCCAUGGGGACUCCCACCAAUACUAAGUGCUGCCAGUUGUGAGAUGUCGCCACAUUUCAUUAGAAAAUGGGGAGGAAAUGAGACUGUGACAUCUUUUGACAUCGCGGCAUGUCAACUGAUGAGGGUGAAACCCCAAAAAUAGGGUGUUUUUUUUUUCUUAAAAAUUGGUUAGAUCUGAAUGGAAGACCCUUUGGUUUUUUCCCAAUUUGUCCAGGUACUUCUUAACCUGGACAUUUAGGAAGUGUCUAACAGGAGAAAAAAGAAGAAAAAAAAUUGAAUUGGUUGCCAUUGAGAUAAAAAUGAUGGAAUGCGCAGCAGUUGAAAAUGGUUUGCAUAGUCUAAAUAAUAAAUGAGGUAUUACUGAUGACUUUGGCUUCUUUGCCUCAUGUGAAGGGGAAGAGGGAGAAUACACCGAUUUAACUGGAAGUGGAGUAUAACCACUGUAUUUUUUCUCUUAUUUUAAAAUGUAUCUUGGGCUUUUUCUAUGUGUUGCUUAAGAUCUAGCAUAAUGGGUGAUGUUUCCCUCUGUUUCUUUUCCUCUCCCUCAGCCCCCCUCCUCUGUUCUGCAUCUUGGGCACGUAAUAAACAACUUUGUGACUGUACCCAGCACAGGAAAGAACAGUUCACUUUGAGAAGAAACAUAUUGCACUUGCCAAGUACCGUAGGAAUGCCUUUUAGAAUUUAAGCUUGGUCACUACUAUUGUCAUUUGCAAAAAAAAAAAAAAAAAAAAAAUCACAUUUAAAUAUAGAACUAUAUAUAUACACAUAAAUACACAUAUAUCAUUAUUGAAACAGACAAAUCUUUUUAAACAUAAGAUGACCAUGAGCUGAAUCUUGUCCACAAAUUGGGAGUCCCACCAAUGUCACUUGCCUUAUUUUAAAUGACCUUUUCUCUCUAGUACAAUUGUUUUUCAUCAAGCCCCUAAGGAGGGAGUGCAGAAAUCUCGAGAGAAUGUUUUUGGACAAAGUGCAGAAUUUGGUAAGAGGUGGCUCUUUAUGGAAUGCUGACCAGAGAGAUUUAAUUACUGAAAUGGGGCCAUGUAAUAAGGCAGGCCUACAGGAUGAAGCCAAAAUAGGGGCAACAUUUAAGAAAGAGAUCCAAUGCAUUUUCCAGUACAGCUGGCACACUUCCAUUAGGGUGUGUAUUUCAACACCUACUCCUCAUACUAACCCCCAGAAAGCCUCAGAACAAGAAAAAUAGGCUGUUCUGCUUACCAUCAUCCUCAGUUUAAGUGCAAAUGCCAGAUUUAAAUGUUCUUCCUUCAUCUAACCUUUAUGUAAACCCCUCAUUUUAUUUCCUCUUCUUCCAUAUACCUCUCAUUAAAAAAUAUAUAUAUAUAUAUAAUCUAUUUAACUCAGGCUUUAGGAUUAUUGUUUUUAAAUCCUGGUUUCACAUUCAACAAAACAAAAGUGUCCCUAAAAGUGUGUUCAUGAACAUUUAAUCAUUUCUGUAUUCUCAAUAAAGAAUUACUAGUGUCUUGUAGUUUUGAUUGGAUGCUUCAGACUUUGGACCCAAAUUUGAAUUGUUUUGCCUCUACCCUAUUCUUGUGAAACCAAUGAAAUAGCAGUUCAUUUGAAAUUUAAUUAGAAACAGGUUUUACUGCAUGGAAAAGAUGGAUUUUUAAUUUGUGGUCCUUUUCUACUAGGCCUACCAUUUCUGAAUUGAAUGUGUUUUCAAAAUUUACUAAGGGAGACACUAAGAAAAGUAGUUAGUGUCUCUUUUUUUUUGUCCCAGCAAUUAGAAGAGCAAUUUCUAAAGGUAUUUUUACUUUUAUUUUUUGCUAUGAUUUGAAAGUUUGAGGUGGGGAGAGAGAAGGUAGGAAAUCAAAGAAUUAAAAUACAGAUUAUUAAUGUAUUUCCCAAAUCCAAUUAAAAGUUGAUUUACA